AUGCUAAGCCGCGAAGAUCCCGAAUUGCCACAAAAGCCGCCUGGCGCACCAAACGGACCGCUGCCGGGCAGCAACGGGGAGAAACGGAGUACCGACCAGGGAGAAGACGGUCCGGUGAUACUGGAAGCCGGCGUCGGAACGCCGACCCCCCCACCAGUAUCGCCGCCGUCCGCCUCAAGCGAAAAUCUGCAAUCGUCGGGCGGCGGGAGCGGCAGUGGAGGUGGAAGCGGUUCUUCCAAUGAAGGCGAGCCGCCACGCGAUCAAGCAAGCCAAGAAGGAGGACAGAAGAAGGACAACGAAGACGCUGACCUUGAAGUGCAAAGCCACAAUAACCACGAUGCAACACCGCCACAACUUGAAACAGCGGAACCCGGGCUCGGCAAGGAAACCGACGUCACCCAAGAGAAAGAUUCUAGCGGAAAACACCCCGAGCUACAGCAACCGACUCUCUCACCAGCCAGCGACCCUGAAGAGACCGAAAAGGUUCAUGCAGCUGCGCAGCCUUCUAGGGCAUGCCGUAUGCUCCCCCAGCAUCCGGUUGUGCGGGGGGCGGCGAUCGACGCCGGCAACACUUGCCACGGCAAUUGCGAAGGCGGGCGACCAUGCCUAGCAGCAGAGGCACGGGGGCGCUCUGAGUCCAUCUACGUGUCAACCAGAAUGACUGCGAUCCACGAGAAAGCAGUUCCACAAUUCCAUGUAGGUCACACCAUGGCGUCCGCGUUGCUGCGAGCGUUAACGUCCACGCUCCUGGUGGGCGCGGUUUUGUUUGAGUGCGUCGCGUCCGAUCGCGGAGAGACGACGUCUGCGCCAGAGUCGAUCAUCACCAUUCCCAAAGACGGCAUUUACGCCGACGAGCAGAAAAUCGUUUGGCUCGGUCCGUCCGCUGCCUUGCGUAUCGUCGACUCGACUAAUGCGGCCGUUUUCAAGCCUCAAGCGAACGGGGAGUCCUCAACAGCGCCGUCAUCCGAGUCGAUGAAUCGUGUGGCGUAUGUGUUUGAGAACGAUGCGUGCGACUUUACGAAAACAGUGGAAUACAAGCAAUUGUUUUCUGGAUAUCAGGGACCAUUCUGGGUUCGGAGCCCGCAGGCGACUGUCACGGAUGGCGACGGGUCGUCGCCUCUACUUGCCAACUACACGUUUACCAGCCCCGCUGUGGAUGUUGUGGGGGAGUAG